AUGCUCUUUCCAGCCAUUUUGGGUGCAUUUAUGCGCCUCCGGCGGGUGUACAUUUUAGGUUUGCUUUUUGGCGCUUGCGGAACGCAUCGCCGCCUUAGUGGAAGCUCAGAUUGGUACAAGAACAUGUGCGGAGGCUCCAGCUCAGUGACAAACUUUACCACCGCAGAUGCGAUGACCGAGGCGGGAUGGGUCUUCAGUUCCGACGAAAGCACUCUCUUCUCGCCUGACUCUGAGCAGUACAGUGGUGCGUAUCGUGGCUACUCUGACUCUGGAGUGGGCACCGUCUCUUUGCAGCUGCAGGGCCAUGGUGUUGUCGCGGUGACGUUCGGAAGCGAUUCCUCUGGGAACGUUACCGUGAAGAUGAACGAUAUUGUGCACAGCACAGCCCUUCCCAACACUGCCUCGCAGACAGUCGAGAUUGGCUUCAGCACAGGUAAGACCCUUGGAGCCUCAGUUUGCAAGGCUGUGACUUGCAGCGAUGAUAUUUGCACCGUCAGGGCUUCAAGGGACCUCUAUGCGAGUCCGACUGGAGAAACAAGCUAUUUGCCAAGUUCCCUGUGCUACUAUGGUGGGUACCGCAUCAGUGUGGGAGAUCCUCGCUCUGGCGUAGGUUUCAAGUCUGGGGCCAAGGUGACAUUGUACACCACAAGCAGCGAUAAUGACUACGUUGCAUAUUGGCGGACGUCAGACUACGAUGGCACUUGGAGCACAGGAGAUAUCCAAACUGUGUCAUCCAACUGGGUUCAGCAGGACUCUUACUGGAAAUGGGAAAUUCCCAUCAAGGCCUCCACAACGAAGUUGGAGAUCCAUUUGCGUGAGGCUGACUUGGACUUUAAUGGAACGCCCUCCAGUAAUGAGAGCAGAUGCUUCCAUUUUAGGCUUCAUCAAGAUCUUCGAGACGAGGGCGAGAGGACGAACUUGCUUGGGUUGGAGUAUGAUGCGAUGAUGGGCACUACCAUUGAGCAAGUAAGUCCUGAAGAAGGCGCCGGUCGAACCUAUCGCUGUGAGGUCACGUGUGAAGACACCCGCGAAAAGGCCAAGGUACACCGGCGCAAGCGUGCAUGGAACCGUAACCAUAUCGUACACGACCUUGCCCCCCACUACGACCACAACAGUUACUUCUACUACAUCCAGCUCCUUAACGUUGACUUCCUCAACAUCGUUGUCCGCCACCUCCACGACUUCAAUAUCUACAACGUCGACCACGGCUAUAUCUACUGGAGUGAAAGCGAAGAUCGCCUUUCCACAGAAUUGUACCAAGAAGAUCCGACUUUGUUCUGGACCAUCAUUUUCGUCCAGAGUGGAAUUGUCAGAUUGAAGAAUGUGGGCACUGGUAGCUUCCUGGCUGUGUCUGAGUCCAUCCUGACACUAGAGAACACCAGCAGCUCCGAGGGCCUGUGGACAUAUACAGUGGAUGCGUAUGGUCUGGUGCAGCUGCAAAAUGUCGCAUCCGCCAAGUAUUUGUGCACUCAGGAGGAUCCCGACGUGCGUGAUCUUUGUCCUCUUGAUGUGAAUUGGACAGUGUCCUUCAUCACCAAUGCAAUUCCUCUUGACGUCUUCACCUCGGACAUCAACUUCAGUUACAUCUACUGCAACGUCAUUGACCAGUACAUCGGCAACCUCGUCGACAUCAACUACUUUCUCCGUGACAGCCACAGGCACAAGCACCACCUCUGUGAGCUCAACAUCGACAACAAGCUUCACGGCCACGACAACGGUCGUGACAACCACUACUGCCUCAAGUACAGUGACAUCAACAACCACAUCAACGCUCACUGGGCAGUUCGCCCGAACUCGCUUCGAGAUAGCUUUGAAGAACGGGCGAUUCUACAUCAGUUUUACCUCGGUGGAGCAGAGCAGCGUGGAGUGAUAACAGCUUGGACAGGUUCAAUUGCUGAUGUGAAUAUCUACCUUGAGGACCACCUUUGCAUUGGCUUGAAGCACAGAGAGAUUGCACAAAGCUUCCCCAAAGUGGCCGAUGCGACAUGUGUGCAGGAACUGAUUGCCGGACUGAACGACACUCGUGGCAUACAAAGGGUGCCUUGGCACUCAAUCCGGGGCAUCAGCAUGAUGCGACUUCGUGCUUUGGAUGAGACUGGCGACGAUCAGAUGUGGCGAGCAGCCACAGACUCUGAUGAAUAUAUGAUCAUCGACUUGGGCUCGAACAAUUUCUUCGUGUGUGGCGUGGUGUCGCAGGGCAGUGGUUCUGCAAGUCUCUGGGUGGAGACUUUCCAGGUGGAUAUCAGUGAGGAUGGCAGCACCUAUGCGGAACUGGCAGGAACAUUCACAACGGCCGGAGAUCAGGACACGCAAAAGUUGUCCAGGUUCCCUUUGCCUUUGAGAGCUCGCUAUGUGAAGAUUCGUCCAGUUACAGCGAAUGUGGCAGUGGCAAUGCGUGCGGGGCUGGUGACCUGUGGGCCCAUGCGAGCAGGACAAUCUACGAACUAUGCCUUGACGGCAGGUAUCGAAUGCGAUCCGGAGAUAUCCGACUGUGGCAGUGCCAUCAUUGACGGUGUCAAGUGCACGGAUUCAGCAUCUUACUCUGGGGCUUUCGUAAGUUCUUCCACUGAGCUUUGCGAGUCUCAGUACUGGGUCCAGCUGGACCUAGGAUCGACGCUGGCUGAUACGCCCACAAAGCUGGUCAACAAGGUUGUGGUUUUCGGAUGCGAGGGCAUGAUGUACUGCGGCCGCAAAGUCGAAGUUUCUGUUGAUGGCUCCGAAUGGUCAACAGUACUCUUGCGGAGUACGUUCUUUGAUGACACUACUGACGAUGAUCCGCCAACCGCGGAGUAUGACGAAGCGGAGGACGGCCAUGGUACAGUAUUCCGCUUUGAUCUACGUGCAGUUAGGUACAUCAAAGUCUGGUCCAGCAUCAGCUUCAAUGAUGCCAACGUGCAUUUCUCUGAAAUCGAAGUGUAUGAGGAGGCAUCGCAAGUAAGCUACCAGUUUGAUGCAGAGCUGGACAACACAAAAGUCACAAUGGGCACUCUGGACAACCUUGGAAUGCUUGGUAGGGAUUAUUCCUUCUGGUCGUUUUGGGAUACAAGCAGCCUAGUGACAAACAACAAGUACCCCUUGUUGGGUGAGCAGAGUGGGCUGAACUUGUAUGUGACCAAAACCGGAACCGACACAGUGGAGUUGGAACAUGGCCUUGAUGGAUCAAGUUGCCAAUCUACAAUCAGUAUUCAGACUGACGGCACUUGGAAUCACGUCGCGGUUGUCUAUUCAGCUUCUGCACAAACCUCCGAAUUCUACGUCAACGGGCAGCUUGAAGACUCCACUUGUUCUGCAUUCAGUCCAUCAGAUGGCACUGUCGAGUACGGUGGUGGUGGCGGCCAAGGACAAUGGGCGGGCAGCUUGCAGCAAGCCAGGCUUUACACUGAGGCCAUUGGAACAGAGCACCUGCUAAACUACACCAACUGGUGCUUGAGCUACAGCUGUAGCGCAGGCUAUCGGGACAGCAAUGAGUGGGAGGAUGCAGGCUCCAACUGUACGGAUCAGUUCGACGACGCUCUCCCAGUGAAUCGAACUGGCACUGUGGAUCGCACAACAGUGGGCAGCUACACCCUGACCUAUGAUUGCAUGCAAAAUUCGGAAGAUGUCAUUCUGGCUACACUGACCAGAACAGUUGAGGUGGUGGAAAGCAUGUACAUCAACCCUGACCUGUAUUGGAUUGUUCAACGUGAAGCCGGAGUUUGGAGUGAUGCUGUGUCUCAGUGUUACGAUACUGCAGAUACCUUCAACGCAGAGAUCGCUGACAUGCAUCAGUACUUCAACUGGUCUGCUGACACACGGCUUUUUCUUGGAACGUCUGGUGGCAGCACCGAGGUGAACUACACUGUGAGCUACCAUUGCUCUUUGACAGACGAGGUCAUUAACAAAACUCUCAUGGUGCGGGAUGCGAUACGUUUGUACGGGCCAGAUCCACAUGUAGUGCGAGCUGGUCGGCUCCGAUGGAAUCAGGGGCAAUGCGAAAUCUGUGACACUUCAACGACUGACCUGGAUGAAUCUGCAUGCAGCUACUCACAUGACAAUUCAACGACUGCAGACAAGUGCGGCUUGAGUUCCACAGGUUGGAAGGCGAGCGCGAGCGAUGGGGCUGGGGCCUAUGUGGAGCUUGACUUGGGCUCUGAUUUGCAGGUGACAGGAGUUAUCACAAAAGGCCAUUCCAUCGAGGAAGCCUGGAUCAAGACCUUCACGGUCUCGUACAAGACAAAUACUAGCUCAGAUUGGGUGGAGCUUUCGACUACCUUUCCAGGGAAUGAGGACCAGAGCUCUGAGGUGGAGAACAUGCUGGACGCAGUUGUGGAAGCGAGGUACUGGCGAAUCACGGCACAGACCUUUGAGAAUGUGGUUGCUGCGCGAGUCGCCAUGAUGGUGUGCCAGUCGACUAGUAGCUUUGCCGCAAAACAGGGGGCGUGGCUCAAGCAAGCACAGAAUCUUUCUUUUGGCUCGCUGGUGCUCGUCAGGAUGGAAACAGGCAUGCCCUAA